AUGAGUUUCGAUACCGUAUUGAUCACUGGCGCCAAUCGUGGCAUCGGACUAGAGCUGACACGACAGUUGUUAGCGGCACCCAAACCGCCCCAGCAUUUGAUUGUUACCGUCAAAGACAUCAACAAUAAUAAUAAUAAUAAAACUGGUGGCAAACUGUACGACCUGUCCGCUGCCCAUCCCGAUAGGCUACACGUCCUUGAAUUGGACGGCCAUAAGUUUGAUACGUACGCCCAGUUUGCCCGACAAGUUCACCAGAUACUGGGCCCACUGGGUUUGGAUACACUGAUCAAUAAUGCCGGUAUACUCUAUAAUACCGGACUAGAGGAUGUCCAACCAAGCGAUAUGUUGGAUAAUUUUCAAGUUAAUACAAUGAUGCCAUUGUUUUUGACUAAACAAUUGCUACCGGAGCUUAAGAUAUAUAUACAAUUACUUAAUCGUAAAACAAUGGUUGUCAAUAUAACMUCGGUAUUGGGCUCAGUUAGCCAAUAUUCAGCUACCCGGCUGACACCAUUUCCCAGUUAUCCCUAUCGUACAAGUAAGUCGGCCCUACAUAUGAUUAACAAAUUGUUGGCCAAUGAUCUCCGCGAGGACGGCAUACUAGUAGUAGCCAUACAUCCCGGUUGGUUGCAGACAGAUAUGGGCGGACCGGUAGCACCGGGUAGUGUAGAAAAAAAAUAUUACAAAACUAUUGAACGUAUUGGCCCGGGUUGA